GGGGACUACAGAAGGGGGAGGAGUCCAAUCUGUCUCGGGAUAAGAGAUCGCAGGCUGACCCUGGAGAGGGGUGAUGGCUUCCAGAGGCUCGGGGGCGUCACUGACUAGAAGGAAUUACCGACUAUCCACUGAGCCAGAUAAGGCCAAGGUUACAGGAAUUGUGAAUGAGAGACUACUGAGUCAGUAUCUGCACAAAAUAUUCCCGGGCAGUGACAGAGCACAGCAUGGCGCCACUUACAGAAAACCCCUCACUUUCCAGAACCUGGAGGUCCGACUUGACCGUCUACUGUCUACAGUGGAGACUGAGGAGAAUGCAGCCACAGACCCCAUUGUUGACGGACGUCUCGGACCCUCCACAGUUGUCCUGGAUCACACCAGUGGCUUUGAAGGGUUGUUAUUAGUUGAUGAUGAUCUUCUGGGGGUGAUUGGGCACAGUAACUUCAGCUCCAUCAGAGCCACGACCUGUGUUUUUAAGGGAAAGUGGCUGUAUGAGGUGCUGAUCUCCUCCCAAGGCCUCAUGCAGAUUGGCUGGUGUACCCUGAGCUGCCGCUUCAACCAGGAGGAGGGGGUUGGUGACACACCAGAUUCUUAUGCCUAUGAUGGUAACCGGGUCCGUAAAUGGAACGUGACCACCACAAACUAUGGAAAGUCCUGGGCAGCCGGGGAUAUUGUAAGCUGUCUCAUAGACCUGGAUGAAGGAACCAUCUCUUUCUGCUUGAAUGGUGUGAGUCUGGGCACUGCCUUCAGCAACAUCUCCCGGGGAUCUGGCAUGGCGUACUUCCCUGCUAUCAGCCUUUCUUUUAAGGAGUCUGUAGCGUUUAAUUUUGGCUCCCGCCCUCUACGAUAUCCUGUGGAAGGGUACCGCCCCCUACAGGAUCCUCCCACAGUCGAUUUGCUCAAGGCCCAGAGGCUGUUGGGGUACAUGAAGAAUGUCCUGAGCACUGGAAUAGAUGUGCAGGAGGGGCGGUUGUUGGACAAGGAUCCCGCCACAUGGCAGAUGCAGGGAGAGCCAACCAUCCUCAUUACUCUGGCACAUAUAUUUAACCAUUUUGCCCCAUUAAUGUGUAAAGUUUAUCUGGUGGAGGAUGUCCUAAUGAACUUUCUUCUCGGAAUUCUGGAGGGUGGGGGUGCUGUUGGGGAGCACCCCCUAAUUCAACAUCUUCUAGACCUUAUGUGGCUGCUCAUGGAGGACUAUGAAAUCCAUGAGUUUCUCAAGCAGCUGAUGAUGUCUCUACUCCGAGCGUAUCGCUUCUCACCUAUAGUGCCUGACCUAGGACUGCAAAUCCACUACCUGCGUCUGACAAUUGCAAUUCUCAGGCAUGAAAAGUCUCGUAAAUAUCUACUCAGCAAUGUUCUAUUUGAUGUCCUGCGAUCAGUCGUGUUUUUCUUCAUUAAAAGCCCAUUGCGGGUGGAGGAGGCCGGACUGCAGGAGCUGAUUCCAACCACCUGGUGGCCGAACCGCUUCAACAAAGAGGGAAAAGAAAUCAAGGACCCAGCAGAGGAGACUGGGGAGGAGCGGCUAAGGAGGAGAGCGUACGAGAGGGGGUGCAUGAGACUGAAAAAGCGGAUUGAAGUGGUGGAAGAGCUGCAGGUGCAGAUCCUGAGACUAUUGCUAAACAACAAGGACAAGGGAGGGGGUGAAGCAUCUCGGUACAUUUUUCUUAACAAGUUUAGAAAGUUUCUCCAGGAAAAUGCCAGUAACAGAGGGAACCCGACAGUUCUUUGCCCUCCAGAGUACAUGGUGUGUUUCCUACACCGUCUCAUCACUGCCCUAAGAGCCUGCUGGGAUGAGUAUCAGGCCCGAUGUCCGUCUGCACUCUGCAGUGAGGAUGCAUAUGUACCACCCCAGCUCUUCUACAAUGGGAAAGUGGAUUAUUUUGACCUACAGAGGCUCGGGGGUCUUCUCUCUCAUCUACGGAAGAUGCUAAAAGAUGACCUUGCAUCCAAGGCUAACAUAGUCAUUGACCCCUCUGAGUUGCAGGCGGUCACUAUGGAUGACCUGGAAGAGGAGGAUGAAUCUGCAAGCACAACUGCCCAGAGGGCCUCAGCUGCACUGGCUAUUGGUGGGGCAUUGGCCAGGCCCAGCUGGCUGAGCUCACCAACAUUAGGGAGAGCUAACCGGUUUCUGAGCACUGCAGCAGUGAGUUUGAUGAACCCGCGGCGGCCACUUGGAGCCCUGGAAAAAGUCAAAGUGCGGAGCCUCAGUGUAGAGCAGCGGACUGAGGAUGAUAUUGAAGGACAUCAUGGGAAUGAAGGCUUGUUGUUAGGAAGACCCCCAGAGGAGGCUGAGCUUCCCAUCACCGAGAACUCUCUGCUGGAGAUCCUGGACGGAGCUGUCAUGAUGUAUAAUCUGAGUGUACACCAACAGCUGGGGAAGAUGGUAGGUGUAUCAGAUGAUGUGAAUGAAUAUGCCCUAGCCCUUAAAGACACUGAUGAAAAGAUAAAGCGCUGCCCAAAGAGGAGGCCAGAUAUCCUGGAGGAACUACUAAAGAGCCAGCAAGUGUUCUUGGAGAAGCUGAACCACCUGAGCCGGCGUCUAGCAUGGAUCAAUGUCACAAUCUACUCCAAGGAGAAGAUGCAGGAUAUUUAUUGGUUGCUGCAGGUCUGCCUGCGCACCAUAGAGCAUGCCGACCGCACCGGAUCACUGUUUGCCUUUAUGCCUGAGUUCUACCUGAAUGUGGCCAUGAACAGCUACAACUCACUAAAGAAUUACUUUAGCCCUGUCAGCUGCAUGGAGGAGCUUUCUGGUUAUGAGGAGACCCUGACACGUCUGGCAGCCAUUUUGGCCAAACAUUUUGCUGAUCCACGCAUUGUAGGGACAGACAUUAAGGAUUCCCUGAUGCAGGCACUGGCAAGCUACGUGUGUUACCCACACUCCCUGCGUGCGGUAGAGCGUAUACACGAAGAGCAGCAGAUCAGCAUGAUGAAGAAUCUCUUGGCACCAUAUGAGCAGCGGCCAUGGGCUCAGACGAACUGGAUCCUUGUGAGACUCUGGAGAGGUUGUGGCUUUGGUUACAGAUAUACGAGGCUCCCGCACCUGCUGAAAACCAAACCAGAGGAUGCAAACCUGCCCAGUCUGCAGAAGCCUUGCCCAUCCACACUGCUGCAGAGUCACAUGGCGGAGUUACUUCGGGGAGACCCAGAACUGGCAUCCAGCUUUCUGAACAGUGUCCUAAACCAGCUGAACUGGGCAUUCUCAGAGUUUAUUGGGAUGAUUCAGGAGAUCCAGCAGGCUGCUGAGCGUCUAGAGAGGAACUUUGUUGACAGUCGACAGUUGAAAGUUUGUGCCACCUGCUUUGACCUGUCCGUUAGCCUCCUGCGAGUCCUGGAGAUGACGGUCACGCUGGUCCCUGAUAUUUUUCUCGACUGGAGCCGGUCUUCUUCUGAACUCCUUCUUCGCCGUUUAGCUCAGCUUCUGAAUCAAGUCUUGAACCGAGUGACAGCUGAAAGGAACCUAUUUGACAGGGUGGUCACUCUCAGGCUCCCAGGUCUGGAGAGUGUUGAUCAUUACCCUAUUCUGGUGGCUGUGACUGGUAUUCUCGUACGCCUGCUGGUCGAAGGUGAACCCCAAGGGAUCCAGCGAGCGACCAGCGUCUUACUGGCUGACCCUUGUUUUCAGCUGCGCUCCAUCCAGUACCUGCUUGGACAGACAGAGCUGAACACCUUGGGGAUCGGACAGUCUACAGCUGACAAGAAGCAUUUCUCCCUGCAGGCGUAUACUGAUUACAUUAAUGCAGAAGAACUCGGUAAAGUGGAUAAGAUGCUGAGCCACCUGAACGAGGAGUCCAAGCAGGCCGCAGCAGCCACUCAGCCCACCAGUGAGGAAGACCUGUGCCCUAUCUGCUAUGCUCAUCCCAUCUCCGCCAUAUUCAGACCUUGCUCCCAUAAGUCCUGCAAAGCGUGCAUCAAUCAGCAUCUCAUGAACAACAAGGACUGUUUCUUCUGUAAAGCCACUAUCACAGGGGUAGAGGACUAUGAGAAACCCCCCACCACCUAGCACCGCACAGCCUCACAGACCAGAGGAUGAGUUUACAGCUUUAUUCUUUACAUUUUACAUGUGCCGUGUCCCUGCCUUGUGACAGUGAUGUGAGAUAGGGUUGGAGUGUGCGGUGUACAGUUGUGUUAAAAAGUUUGCAUACCCUUGGUGAAAUGGUAAUAAGUACCAUUGUUUUCAGAUAUGAGCGAGCAGGCGAAACAUUUAUUUUGUUUGGGAUUCAUAUUCAACUGUAGGCACAACAGCAUGGCACAUUCAUAAAACAAAAAAAAAAAUUAAAUGACCUCUGUUCAAAAGGCUGCAUACCCUUAGUUCUUCAUACUGUGUAUUGCCGCCUUUAACCCCUUAACGACGCAGGACGUAAAUGUACGUCCUGGUGAUGUGGUACUUAACGCACCAGGACAUACAUUUACGUACUGAGCAUAACCGCGGGCAUCGGAGCGAUGCCGGCAUCAUGCGCGGCAGGUCCCGGCUGUGGAUCGCAGAUCCCGCGGAUGUCCACCAUUAACCCCUCAGAUGCCGUAAUCAAUACAGAUCACGGCAUCUGCAGCAUCGCGGUCACUUAACAGGAUGAUCAGAUCACCCGCAGUGCUGCGGCGAUCAGAUCAUCCUGCACGGCAGACGGAGGUCCCCUCACCUGCCUCCGCUGUCUUCCGGGAGUCUUCUGCUCUGAUCUGCCUUCCCGCAGACCAGAGCAGAAGAUGACCGAUAAUGCUGAUCAGUGCUGUGUCCUAUACAUAGCACUGAACAGGAUUAGCAAUCGAAUGGUUGCUUUAAAUAGUCCCCUAUGGGGACUAUAAGAGUGUAAAAAUAAAUGUAAAAAAAAGUAAAAUAAAAAAUGUGAAAAAACCCCUCCCCCAAUAAAAACGUAAAUUGUCCCAUUUUCCAUAUUUUACCCCCAAAAAGUGUAAAAAAAAAUGUAUUUUAUAUACAAAUUUGGUAUCGCCGCGUGCGUAAAUAUCCAAACUAUUAAAAUAAAAUGUAAAUGAUCCCGUACGGUGAACGGCGUGAACGUAAAAAAAAAAAAAAAAAGUCCAAAAUAGCUGCUUUUUUUAGAACAUUUUAUUCCCAAAAAAAUUCAUUAAAAAAUGUAAUAAGUUUUGUAUAAGCAAAUAUGGUAUUAAUAAAAAGUACAGAUCACGGCGUAAAAAAUGAGACCUCAUACCGCCGCUUAUACGGAAAAAUGAAAAAGUUAUAGGUCUUCAAAAUAGGGGGAUUUUAAACGUACUAAUUUGAUUAAAAAGUUUGCGAUUUUUUUUUUUUUUUAAGCGCAACAGUGAUAGAAAAGUGUAUAAUCAUGGGUAUCAUUUUAAUCGUAUUGACCCAGAGAAUAAAAAACACGUCAUUGUUACCAUAAAUUGUACGGCGUGAAAACAAAACCUUCCAAAAUUUGCAAAAUUGAGGUUUUCUUUUUAAUUUCCCCAGACAAAUAGUAUUUUUUUGGUUGCGCCAUACAUUUUAUGGUAAAGUGAGUGAUGGCAUUACAACGGACAACUGGUCCCGCAAAAAACAAGCCCUCAUACUAGUCUGUGGAUGAAAAUAUAAAAGAAUUAUGAUUUUUUGAAGGGGAGGAGGAAAAAACGAACACGUAAAAAUAAAAUUGUCUUAGUCCUUAAGGUCCAAAUGGGCUGAGUCCUUAAGUGGUUAAAGGGGUUCUCCAGUGCUUAGACAUCUUAUCCCCUAUCCAAAGGAUAGAGGAUAAGAUGCCUGAUCGUGGGAGUCCCGCCGCUGGGGACCCCCGGGAUAUUG